GUGCUUUGUUCACGCCAUUUUGAAGACGAUUGCUUUACCAACUUAAAUGCAAUCAAACUUGGAUUCGCGAGCCGGCUGAUAUUGAAGGAAGGUUCAGUUCCAAGUGUAUUUGCAUCAGCUUCCUCCUCCGUAUCACAACCUAGUACAUCAUAUCAGAGCAGUCAAAGGAGAGUUUUGCAAUCGGAUGUGGCUUGUCAGACUGACUGUCCACAAACUGUUUCUGUGAUGACGCAAACAGAUGAAUUUCAGAAAAAAUCUGUUGGAACCCAACUGUCCUCUAGUACAAUGAAGAACAUUCACAUUCGGAGUACAGGUUCAACAACCACAUCAACCACCUAUGAUUUACCAUUUGCACCAACACCAGUAAAGUCUGGUUUCAGAGCACCAAAAAUCCCUCUGCUGUUGGAGGAAGAGGGGGGAGAGGAGGAGGAAGAGUCAGACAUACAAAUUCCAACAGAACCUCAUGAUUCAACUUUUAACCCCGCUGAUGACACAACAAUUUCACACAAAUCUGAAAUGUGGUUUGGGCAAAGCUCCACAUAUGCAGACACAAAAUACAUUGUGUUUGAAACAUGUUUGCGUGAGUUGUUCUCCACGUGUCCAAUUUGCAAUUCGCAAUCUGAUAUGAAGCUACAACGAAUAGGCACUUAUGUUGCAAUCAGGCAGCUUUGCCCCAAGUGUUUGUACAACCGUAAGUGGCAGAGCCAACCAAUAAUUGGAAGUACACCAAUGGGCAACCUCCUGUUAUCAGCUGCAACUCAUUUUACUGGGGGAUCAUUCAUCCAACUACGAAAGAUUUUCAAGGCCAUGGAAUUAAAAAUUCACCAGUACGUCACAUUCAGGAGACAUUGCAGGAGUUUUUUGGAACCAGCAAUUGUACACAAGUGGAGAAGUGAACAACGAAAAAUUAUACAAAAGUUACAAAAGGGAGGAAAGAUUGCAUUAUCUGGAGAUAUGCGUGCAGAUUCCCCAGGACAUUCUGCUAAAUAUGGCAGCUAUACUCUUAUGCACAUGCAUAGCAAUACUAUUGUUGACUUACAGCUUGUUCAGAGCAGUGAGGUCGGUGGUAGCUAUCACAUGGAGAAGGAAGGCCUAAAGAGAUGUCUGGACCUGCUGGAGUCUAACGAUUUAGAAGUGGAUUACAUCGUCACUGACCGUCAUCCACAGAUCCAGAAGUAUCUCAGGGAGCGUGACAUAACACAGUUCUAUGAUGUGUGGCACUUUGAGCAAGGUUUGUCUAAGAAAUUGGAUAAACUGGCAAAAAAAAAGGACUGUGAAUUGUUGAGGCCGUGGCUGCGUAGCAUCAGAAAUCAUGUUUACUGGUGCGCCACUUCCUCGACAUCUGGACCAGAGAAGGUGGCUAAGUGGACUUCACUGGUCAACCACCUCCAGAAUGUGCACACACAUGACAAUCCUAUCUUUCCCAAGUGCGAACAUCCACUCAUAGCUUCAAAUAAUCAAAAGAAAUGGUUUCAACAAGGAUCGCUAGCUGUCCACAAAGUCGAACAAAUACUUUACAACAAAAGGGUGCUCAGAGAUGUGGAGAAGCUCAGUCACAGUUUCCAGACAUCUUCCCUUGAGGCUUUCCACAGCUUAAUUCUACGUUUUGCACCGAAAAAUGUAGUGUUGCCUUUCAUCGGAAUGUUGUGCAGGCUGUAUCUUGCUGCGCUUCAUCAUAAUGAAAACGCCAACAGAGAACAAGCCACAACCAAGGCAGGACAGCCGGUGUACCGAUUGGUGUUCCCGAAAUCAAAAAAAGGGCGGCCAUUAAAAAAAGAGUCAACAUAUACUUAUAUUGAUGAGCUACUGAAGCUCGUAUUUGAAGAAGUGGUCAUGGACCCCUCUACAUUUGUGGAAGAACUGAAAACAAUCCCCAUUCCAAAGCCACUUUGUGCAGAGUUUGUCAAGGUGGAAGCAAUUUCCAGCCAUGUUUCAAGAUUCAGUCAAGCGGAGGUCGAAAGCCGGUGUACUCUCCGGUCGGAUCUGGAAACUCCUGGCGUAUCCGGUUCACAACACGGCUCGGAAGGACAACACGGACACUCCGACCCAAGUAGCCCCAGCACCAGCUAACAAAGCUGCGGUAUGCCACAUGGCGGAACUUUCUAAAAAUAAAAGACAUGUUUUUUUCUAUGUGACCAAAUAAGAUGAUUACAUAUU